CUUCAGCCUUCGCGCUUGUCGUGCCGUAAAAGGUCGCCUGUCCAGCUGCUGUGCUGUGUGACGGGUGCGCCCGGGGCUCCUGCUAUACUCUAUCCCCGAUGUCUGGCGUGUUACAGCAACAAACCCGAACUAAUGCGGCGGAGAUCAGUAGUGCCGUCGCAGGACGACAGGCGAAAAGUCCAACACAGCGGCGGGUGCAGCUGUGCGGGAAAAUGAUGCUAGUCGGCAUCGGGGUAGCACUGGUGUCCAUGCUAUGCAGCGGCGGUCAGAAAGGCAAUAGAUAUCCGGUCUUGGGGAGCUUCCUGGAUUCUGCGAAUCGCGCCGCAUCCGCCGCGAGCAGGGGAGAGGCACAAUCCACUUGCGCCGACCCGGAGAGGUGGCUCAACCCUGGGGGUCAUGAUAUGCUCUCGGAACUCCCUAGCUUUGGACAGCAUAAUGCAUCCAUGCUCUGGGGUACUUAUCGCCCCGGUGUAUUUUUCGGGUUCAAGACACGAACGUCUCCGGUGUCGGUGACCGGCGGCCUGAUGUGGCAUGGAGGAGACGGCCACAACGGGUUACCGUCCCUGCGCCACGAGUGCAGUGAGGGAGACGGGUUGGGCCCUUACGGGUGGGUGGAACACGACGGUAGGAGCUACGGCAAACAGGACAUUGUGGACAAGAAGGCUGGUGUUGGCCUCGUCACGUCGAUAGUCAAACCAGCACAGCUCAAGGACCACAGCAAUUCCGGCCGAGACACGUCAGACGUGCUCCUGGCGUCUAGGGUAGAGGUUUUCCCUGCGGGAUCGGGCGCAUCGCCACAACCGUCCACCAUCUAUUUCUACAUUGGGCUGGACUGCAAUGCCACCGUCAACAGCGAUUCUGAGGAGUCAUGUUUAGCAGGUGGAACAGCUGGCCUCGAAGUGGUCCAUCCAGAGUCCAGCUCACAACAAUCCUUGCUGGUUCGAGGAGCCCAUCCACAGCAUGGCGCUUUCGAUUUGGAGGCCGCGGUUGUCUCGAGCAGAGAUAGUGACAGUUCGUCCUCGGAGAUGGAAAGUGUGGUUGCUUUCUUGGGCAAGAAGGGUGUUCCGAUGGCGGACGUGAAGAAGGAGGUGGAGCAGCGCCUCGAGGCACACCGCCGUGCGACCCGAAGAGCUACUCGUAAAGGCGAAAAGGCGGACAGAGGACCGUUUGUUCUGCCAAACGAGGAGGACGCCGGCAGCAACGUGGUGCUCGUACAGGUUGUUGGAGAGGCUCCUUUCACGGUAGACUUCGUCGUUCGGGCUAGCACCCCCGGCGGAGGCGUGAAGCCUCCCACCGCCAGCAGCGGCGAUGGAACAACCGUCCGGCCGUUCGUGGCCCCGGGAACGGUCUCGGGCUGGCUGGAGGCCGGUUCGCGUUCAUUCUCCGAACAGUUUCGGGAACGGUUCUCGUUGGAGGACAAAGGUUUCGAAGAGCGAGAUGUGGCGGCGGCGAAAGCGGCCUUGUCGAACAUGCUUGGGGGUAUGGGGUACUUCACCGGGAGGUCGGAGGUGCGAGGGGCCGGGCGAGACGGCGGCAAUGAAGUCUCGUUUGAAACGAGCCUGUUCACGGCCGUGCCGUCGCGAAGUUUUUUCCCGAGGGGAUUUUUGUGGGAUGAAGGCUUUCACCAGUUGUUGGUCUCUGCAUGGGACAGGACGACCUCAGUGGACGUCCUCGGCCACUGGCUGUCGGUCAUGCACGUCCACGAUACGGCAGGAGAGGUCGCAGGAAUGGGAUGUUCUGGCGGUUGGCUACCUCGAGAGCAAAUCCUUGGGGAGGAGGCUAGGAGAAGGGUGCCGGAGGCUUUCAUGGCGCAAGAUGUCUCCGUAGCCAACCCGCCAACGCUCCUGCUGGUGGUGGAAAGAUUACUAAGUGAUCUUGCUGAGCGUUCAAGCGACGAGGACAGCAUCCCUGCUACGGAGACCUACACAGCAGAGGCGGAUGCAGAUGCGGCGGGAGCGUCGUCUCAAGGAUGCUCUAGGGUAGGAGACAAGCAGGCGCAAGAGCUGGAGCUAGGAGAGUUCCUCCGGAAAGCCUACCCUGUUUUAGACCUGUGGAUCCGGUGGCUGCUUAUUACUCAGCGACCGGGGGCUACGGGGUGGGGAGGACAGGCGAAAAGGGCACCGCUGGGGGCGUUUCAGUGGAGAGGACGUGACCCAGGCGACGAUCGGCUGAACGCGCUCACACUGGCGUCAGGACUCGACGACUAUCCCCGGGCUUCCCACCCCUCUCAAAACGACGAGUGGCACGUGGACGUCGUCUCUUGGCUAGCUCUGAGCUGCCGAUCAAUGCAAAGAUUGUCGACCGCGAUAGGUGUGAAGGGUAGCGUUCCAUACGGCCACCUGUUCAAUGAGUUGAUGGAGGGACUGUUCGAAUUUCAUUGGGAGCAGGAGGAGGAAGCCUUCUUCGACCGGGGGCUGCACGUUUCCGACGGCCGGCUAGUGGAUGAAGUCGUCAUGCGCUGCAAGAACGCGGACGGAAGCACCGAAGACAUUGGUGUACCAUUGGAGGACGUCCAGGCUCGAAAGGCAGUCUGCGCGCCAGGCCAGCAGCACAUGUAUCCCUUGGGAGACGGACGAGGCGGGCUGCUGACGCGACGGAGGUGGUCGGGGAGUCCCCCACAGCCUCAGCACGUGCAGCACAUCGGCUACGUAAGCAUGUUUCCUUUGCUGCUCAAGCUUCUGCCCCCGGAGAGCCCAGCAGUUGGGAGCCUCUUGGCGCAGAUGAGGGACUCGACACAGCUAUGGAGCCCACAUGGGCUUCGGUCGCUGUCGGCGUCAGAUCAAUUUUACCAGGUGGAAAACAACCCUGGCGACGAGCCGUACUGGAGAGGGCACAUCUGGGUCAACGUUAACUACCUCGCCCUGGCUGCUCUGUCGCACUACAGCCAAGCCGAGGGCCCUUUCAGGCGAGUUGGGAAAGAUGCGGGCAGGAUCUACACGGAGCUUCGGACGAAUUUGUUGCGCACUCUUCUCGGGGGUUACCAGUCCACCGGCUACUUAUGGGAGCAGUACGAUGACCGUAGCGGGCGAGGGUUGAGAUCACACCCUUUCACCGGUUGGACGGCACUCGUUGUGCUCAUCAUGGCGGAAAUUUACUGAGUGAUAUUCCCGGUAUCGGUAACCAACGCGUCGGAUGAAUCAUUUGUCGAUUUCGUACCAUGUGCUUACUCCACGUUGCUCUAGAACUGGCCUGCAUGUGUCUCGAGCUUGUACGUGCGAGGUCGGGGUUACCUGGUGCCACUUACGCAUGUUUAAAACUGUAGAGCAUAUAGUAGACCGAUAUUGGUGGACCCUCGCCAUUCGUCAUGCUUGGUCUAGGCGUUCCCAUGAUGAUGGAUUUGCUCACGAUUUCAGCUUGUAUCAUGAUCGUCAGCUACACGUUCGUGAACGAGUCUUGUUAUUUUAAGUGUUCCGGCGGUACUUCAUCACUGCAGCUCGAUUCCGACAUUUUUUCAAGGAGGCUUUUUCUGUGUUGUUUUAUGGCGAUAACGCCUCCUGCACAGCAGCGGGUUAGAUAAAGCGUGAAGUGGUGAAACCUUGAGGCUUGGAUUACAAUGCGCAUGCACAUAAUUCCGUCAUCCGGACCUCCUCGAAUCGGUCGCGAGAAGAUUACUACUCAAAUCACGUACGUACGUUGAUUAUUUACUGCAGUUGGUAGAGAUACAAAGUUUUCGUUCCAACCGCUUGGUAUGACGGACGUGGGUACACACAACAAGGCAAGAAAGAACAACUAAGCAAAUUAAUUCGAUUUGCACCAACGAUGCGUUACGGUAGGACGGGAGACGGUGAGUGGGACAUGACGAAAAAACACUCAUUUCAUCGAAAUUGGACGGGCAUUUUCUUCACAGCGCUGUUCGUCCGUUUGUUUGUUUAUUUGGUCUGCUCAGCGGGGGGUAUUUGAGGGCGACAAGGAAGGUUUGCAUGUGGAGCAGGUGGAGAGAGAACUAGCUUCGCGUUCAAACAUUUGUACUACGAGAGCGAGAGAGAGAGAGAGAGAGAGAGAGAGAGAGAGAGAGAGAGAGACAGAGACAGAGACAGAGACAGAGACAGAGAGAGAGAGAGAGAAUACCGUCGGUGAGCAGGUACAGUACGCCACAACGAAGUGGAUGGAUGCAAAUACAAAUGAUAUUUAUUCCCAAGAGAUCUCGACGAGGCGGUUCCAACGCCUUCUUUUUCAUUUUUUCUACAAUGUAAUGCAAGCACAGAUCGUUUCGGUGGCUACACAGGUGGCCAUAUCUCGGCGAGUGCAGAGGUACAAGCUCGCAUUGCGCGGGCGUCAAGACGCCGAAAACAGGCGAACAAGAUCGACCUCGGACCAGUCAACGCCAAUGAUAUGGGGAUGGAGUGUAGACGCAUCGUAGAACGCGUUUUCGUUUGAAGUUGGCGUCUUGUUUGAGAGGAGAUGUGACAGAUUUGCGUAGAAUAGGGUAAGAUGUUAUCAUGAACGGAGAUGAAAGGGCUUUUCCAACACGGAGAUGUAGCAUGGAUCAAAGCAUUUGUUGGAUUUCAGCUUUUACAAGCGGACAUCAACGCAGUAGUAUUUUAGCAAGCUUACGAACGCAUAUAGGAUACCAUCAGGAUU